AUGUUGGUUUAGUUCCAUAAACUUCGAAUUAUUAUGAUGUUGUCAUAGCGACCAACAAGAGCAAAGCAAGGCGAAAGUGCUGUUUUUUUAUUUAUGUUUCUCCUUAUUUCUGAAUCGUCAGUUUUCUCUCUGCUGCUAAAAGCAUGUCAGUAGUGGAGAUAAUUAACCACGACGAAGUUAUUUACACUAUAUUGGACAAACCACCCCCGGAGCCCCCUAAGACCCCCAGAUAUGAGUCCCAACUGGAGAAGCAACUGAGGGAAGCAAAAAGACCGGAACUUCGUCGUACAUUUGGCUACGCGGAAACGCCGCUUAAACCUCCUGAUCAAUUUUUGAAAAAGGGCCAAGGUAUUGGUCAACCGAUCAAGGUGUCUGAUCACAAAUGCUUCGUGUCCGGCAAUUUGCCUCCAGUACCUAAACGUCCUCCACCGGGGAAGAAGCAGGAAAAGCCAACUGCUAACUUCAGAGUAAUUAACAUAAAGAAGGCUAUCAAAACGAAAGGAAAACCUGUGGAGCCCAGACUGGUAGACACACGAGAUGGCCACAUAAAGAAAAUCAAAGGUUCCGGCGAGGUGCCUGAAUACUGUCUCCGACCCGAUUUCGGACAAAUGCCAGCGUACCUUGUGAAGAGGAACAGAAAAAUACAGAAGACGUUGGAAAAGAUCAGAUACGCCGAGGAGACCAAGGAAAGCUUGUGUAAGCUAAUCAGCGCUGAAGACCGACUGAAACUACUUCAAGACCUGAAAUACAACUGGUCGUUGAUGCAAAAAGCUUUCCUGCAGCUGCCGAUGCUCACGGAUACCAUCCCUAAAAUCCUGCGCAAGACUAAAAUGGAACAAGAAUUAAAACAACUGGAAAAAGACAUAGCCCUGGUUGAAAGCAACCCUUACAUUUACAUUUAUGAAUAGAAUACUGCAGCUUUUAGAUAUUAUGACGAUAUUACUCACCUCGAGACCUUUCUGUUAGAAUUAUGAAGAAUGCAACUGUUUUCUUUAUAUCGAUAGUUACUUCUAAAACUGGCAGAAUGUCAGAUAACCAUAGAACCAAUCGUGAUUUGAAUCAGUUCUUUUGUUUGUUCUUUUGUAACGGUCUCAGCUGAGUCGUAAUGUUUUUGAUACCCUUUUAUGCUACAGUUAGAAAUAAUAAUACAUAUUCAUACGUACCUAUUUUAA